AGACAGGUUGCCACUCAGUGUGACGAUGGUCACUGCUGAUUGGCGAAGAAAUCCGACAGGCGAGUUGCCUUCCUGCUCAAUGUAAGAGGCAUAGGCCCGGAAACUCCGAUUAGUCACAUGGCUGGAAAUGGUUAUGGGGAUUUCUCGCCACCUCGAGAAGAAAAUCCCGAGGACGAUGCACUUCCUCGACCCCUUUCUGUUGAACACGCGGACGAAACUAGUGAUGUCAGUGCUUCUCUGUUCAAAGAGAUGACCAGCGAGGAAGAGAUGGAGGAGGUUGCAUCUGGCAUCCAGAACCAAAUUCGGAUAGGUAAAGACGGCAACUUGAACAAUGAGGUGGGCGAUGGCGACACGGAUGGAGAUUCAAGCGGCGAAGAGGGCUCUCUGUUUGAAGAUAUCGACGGUGAGGACGAAAGUCAGUAUGCCGGACUCCGGGGCGUACAUCAAUCUGGCUAUGGUGGAACGCUGAACAGGGGGGCUGGAGCCAGUCAUGAAAUUUAUGUUCUUGGGGGCGGGAUUUCCGAGGAGGUCCCGUUUAUAAGUACUGGCGGAAAGGACCUCGAUGGACCAUACGAUGGAUCUCUUCCGCCGAACCUCGGUCUUCUGCCCCGGAAAGCAGAUGUAACUCUAGAUAACCUUGAAUCCAAAGUGGACAGAGUGAAGGACGAGUCUUCACUUCUUUCAGGGAUUGGUCGAGAUUACGGAACUUCCUCCGGAGAAGAAGGAGGCGAGGAUGGAGCCUUAGUGAGGUUAGCAGAUGCCAACUUGGAGGAUGGUCGAAAUUCAACUGUGCCCGUGCCUGAGGAUAGUCUUAAUCAACCUCAAGAAGGUUUCGGUCCCGGGAGGGUUUCCCCCAUGGCCUUUGGAAGGGACAGAACGUUGGGGGAGGAUAAGGCAAUGCCAUCGAGCUUAGGGCAACUUAGUGAAGCUCCAGACUCGUACGAAGCAUUAGAUGGACAGGACAAGACUUUGAACACGAAUUCUCCGAAAGAACGCGUGCGGAAAAGGGGGAGAGCAACUAGGGAACUUGGGGCUUUACUGAUGGAUUCCAACGCUGGCAGACGUGGAAAGCGAGCAUUCGAACUGCAGGGAGCUUGUGCUCUGGCAUCUGGGCAAGGCACUGCUGGGGAAUCAGGAGACGGCUUUGCAGCUUCUGAUGGGUUUGUGAAACCAUUUAUGGGUCCAGGCAGUACCAGCGAUGUGCGGAUUACUCGAAGCCAGGUGUCAGGCAGGUCAGGAUUGAAGGAUGAUAAUCUGGAUUCAAAGGUUCCUGAGGUAAGGGGUAUUGCAGAUGUCUCGGCCAAAAGGACGGGUAAGAGAAGCGUUACAAGGAGCCGUCUAGGCUGGGGAAAUGCCAACGAUUCCAGUCAGCAAAGUCCAGAAGUGGCUGGUAAGGGCGAGGGGAAGAGUUCAGCUACAGGCGAAGCUGUGGACGAUGUUCAACAGGUAGCUGAUGUUGUGCUUGGUGUUGUACAUGUGGAUGAAGAGCCAACUAAGUCAAAGCCCAAAGGAAAGUCAGGUGGUAGGGUGACAAAGGCACGAGCUCCGGGUAAAGCGGGGUGUGCAGAUGCUCUAGCGGAAGGACAAGCUGAUUUAAGGGAGAUAUUACCGUCUAGCCCAUUACGCAGUCGGGCUGAAGAUCUCGACGGAUCCGAAAUGUUGAUGAACUAUGAUAAAGUUGUGUGUCCUUUGCCCAGUGUCGAAUGUGGAUUGCAAGAUGCUGUGUGCAGUUUGAAUUCUCAGGAGACGGAGAUGGACGCAGUUAUGGAGAACAGUUUGGGGAGGAGGCGAAGUAAUAGACACGCUGCAAAAAUAGGAGAGAAGGUGGAGGUAGGUCAGCCGGCGAUUGCCAAUGGUAAAUUGCCGAAACAUUCAAAAGGGCGGAAACGGGCUUCUUCAAGUAAAGGUAAGAAGUCAGAGGAAGUUUCGGUUCUGAAGUUAGUCGAGAAACAGAACUCUGAAAUUGAAGAAGAGAAUUCUGAAUCAUUUGUAACACCAGAAGAGACCACCAUCGAGGUAUUGGAAGAUUCGGAAAAUCUUGCUAGAAAAUCUAAAGGGUCUCCUGCUAACCGCAAAUCCUCUGAAGUUUCUUUUCGAAAGAAGAAGAAAAAUUCCUCAUGUGUUUUAAGAGCUUCUUCCAUGGACAAGGUGAAUUUGAAGAGUGAGCUUGAACUGGUACCUCUGCUACCAAGCAAACAGGAAGGUGCAGGUGUUAAAGACAUUUCUUUGAUUGGAGAUGAUAAGAACACAUCAAGUAUAACAGGUGACACGAAAGAUAGUUGUCAGGAUACCAAGGGGAAAAAACACGCUGCAAAAAUUACGAGUGGAAGCCGAGAUGUUAGAAGGUCACAAGUCUUUGGGCGUGGAUUGGAUAUCAAAGACGAUGAAGAUCUCAGGAACACUGAGACCUGCACUUCGUCUGCGUGCGUGGAUUUACCUGAGCAGGUGUCCAAAGUAGGUAACAAAACUAUGAGGGGAAGUCGAUCAUUAGUAAAACUUGAUAGUGUCAGCUGCGAUGAGGAUGCUGAUUUGAGAAGAGCUGGAGGAAGCCAGGAUAGAGUUGCGGAGUGCGGAUUAGACCCUUCACGUAAGGACGAUGGUGAAAACUUGGAAGGUGAUAAUUGUAGGGAUUUCAGGGAGGAUGUUGGUUCUGCAACUUCAUGCGAUAGUUUAGUCAAGAAGGAAGGUGAGGUUGGCGAUAUGAACCAGGGCUUUGCUCCCGAUACUAGUCUCCCUGGUAGUGGAGGUUGUGGAGAUCCCGAUAAGACUGAAAUGGGUGACUUAGCCAAUCAACCUGAAUUAACAGGGAGUGGGAAGGCGAGGACUAGACAACGUCGAGCAACUCAUCAACAGGAAGGAGCUCAGUUGGGCACUCAGACGAGCAGGAAGGGGAAGAAAGGAGGUAGGAAGAAAGACAUAUUAGGCUCCACUGGACUUGGUGUGUCCUCAGAGAAAGAUGUAAAUUUGGUGAGUAAGAGGAAGUCAAAGGGCAGAGAGAAAAGAGGAUCAGUCUUGGAUGCAAGUGACAAAAAUGGUCCGGAUUUUAUUAAGGAGAUGGCUGUAAAUAAGCAGGUUGGAGAAGUGACUUUCGUUGCAUGUGCAAUGAAUGCGGUUGAAUCUGUUUCCCACAACGAAGAGUUGGAAAAUGUGCAUGGAGAACAAGCAUUUAUCAAGGAGGAAGGAAACUUCACAUCCCUAGGACUUGAUAUUGAGGUCUCGAAGAGACGGAAGAUGGGUAAUUCUGUUAAGGCCUCUGCUGUUGAGCUGGCCACUGAUAAAACCAAAGUCUCAGCAGAAUCUUCUCUGGCAGGAGGAGCUAAGUCUUCCCGUUGUGCUAACAGUGUACAAAAGAAACCCAAAAAGUCUAUUGUCUCUAGCUCGGAAGCGACUGCUUCUGGGACGAAGAUAAAAUCCGAGUCUAAUCGUCCAUCAAGGGCAAAGGGUAUGGUGAUUAAGGCUUUGUCAAGUAUCAAGGAUCAAACUGGUGACAAAGCUGCCGUAAGUUCACAAGACGAGCUUGUUAACCCUGUUAAUGGAAGUCAUAUGGCCCAUUCAGAAGGAUUAAGUCUUAAGUUUACUGGCGUCGAUGAAGUGGGUGGAAGCGUGGAGACUAGACCGUUGGAUGAUGCAGAUGCCGCAAGGGGACGGGAAGAAGUAAAGGAUUCCUCGAACAUAAUCUGUGGGCAGAGUUCCCAGGAUCUUGACAAUUUUGACAGCCCAGAAGACACUGGAGCAGUUGGGGAAGACAUGUCUAGUGGAGUCACGGAGGGCGAUGCCAAUGAGAAUGAAAGAACUGAGGCGGGAGUUGCCGAUGUAGGAAUUCCUAGGAAAAGUUGGGUUCUUUGUGAUGACUGCAAUAAAUGGCGCUGCAUCCCUGUUGAACUGGCUGACCAAAUUGAUGACACAAACGCCAAAUGGUCUUGUCGAGACAAUCCAAAUCCGGACUACGCCGAUUGCUCAAUUCCUCAGGAGAAGUCAAAUGCGGAGAUCAACGAAGAAUUGCAAAUAUCAGAAGUCUCAGUGACUGAGGAAGGGGAUGACAAGGACGGGAUUGAUUCCAAGCUCAUGGAGAUUGGGUCAGGAAGUGGAGAUAACAAACCUGCUGUCUGGAAGUUGAUUCGCCGUAACAUCUUCCACCAUAGACGGACAAAGGCGCAAGGAAGUGAUGAGAUAAUGGUCUGUCAGUGUACGCCGCCAGAAGAUGGCGGUGUUGGAUGCGGAGAUAAUUGUCUCAACCGGGUACUCAAUAUCGAGUGUGUCCAAGAGCAUUGUCCAUGUGGGGAGGCUUGCUCCAAUCAGCAGUUCCAAAAGAGGAUGUAUGCACCUGUUGCAACCUUUAGGUGUGGGAAGAAAGGCUUCGGGCUAAAAGUUUUGAAAUAUACCCCCAAGGACUCUUUUCUCAUCGAGUACGUCGGGGAGGUGCUAGAUGUCGGUGCAUUUGAAGAGCGACAACAAGACUAUGCUCGGAAUGGCCAAAAGCAUUUCUAUUUUAUGACGUUGAGCAGCACGGAGGUAAUUGAUGCUUGUUCCAAAGGUAACUUCGGGAGGUUUAUCAAUCACAGUUGCGAACCGAACUGUAAGACUGAGAAGUGGAUGGUCAACGGAGAAGUUUGUAUCGGAUUGUUUGCCAUCAGAGACAUAGCAGAGGGUGAAGAAGUCACAUUUGACUACAACUAUGUGCGAGUUCGAGGCGCAUCGGCGAAGAAGUGUGAAUGUGGUUCUUCACAAUGUCGAGGAUUUAUUGGGGCUGAUUCUGAGACGCCCAGAGCUGUAGUUGAGAGCGAUUCAGAAGAUGAUGAAGAUCCUGAACCCAUCAUGAUCGUUAACAGUGAUGAGGAGGAUAAUCAUGUAGACGAGAGUAAAGUGACACCUUUGAAAAAGAUCAAAGAUGAUUUUGCUUAUCGUGAGACCACCUCAACUCGACCGAGCAGGAUUAAACGCAAGUUGGUGCCUGUCAAAGAUAAAGUUCCGGUUGCUGUGAAGCGUAUCAAGACCAGUAGUACUUCAAGAAAGAGUAGUAUAUCAAAUCCAAAGGGAUUGACAGUCGACGUCGGUCGGCAUGAAGGAGCCCGCGCUCUUUCGAGUGAUGUACAAGAAAAGUUGGAUGAUCUGCUCGACAAGAGAGGUGGUCUGAAGAAGAGAAAGGAUGUGGCUGCACAGUACUUGAAGCUGUUGGUUUUACAAUAUGCAUCCGGAGACAACAAGAAGGAUGCAGCAGCUUGCAGUGUUCGGGACAUUUCUUUGUUAUUGGAGGCUCUUCUGAGGACAUCAUCACGUUCAGUCCUUUCCGACAUAAUGAAAAUGAAUGGAUUGAGAAUGCUUCAUCACUUUAUUAAACAACUUCGAAAGCAAUGGGAUAAGACACCUAUUCUUCGCAAACUGAUGAAGGUUCUCGAGCUGCUCGCUUCAGAUCGUGUGCGUGUUCUGACGGAGAACAUGAUCAACUCGGCUCCACCUUGUCAGGGAAUGGAGAGCUUUUCCGAGUCUCUCUUUGAAUUGACUCGUCACAGAGAUCCAGAGGUGUGUCACAUGGCUCGUCGGUUCAGAAAUAGAUGGAUACCUCCACGACCACAGAUUUAUGAGCAACAGAACAAAGGACCUGAAAAGUCCCCACAACUAUAUCUCAAGUCCGGUUCGCCCGCUCGAAUGCUGUCUUCAAGCCAAAUGCAGCUUGAUAGUAGUCAGUUUUCAUCCCCACAAAAGCAGAGUCCGACCUCGGUGGCUUUGAAAGGGGCGGAAGCAUCGAAGGUUGUCAGCGGCUCAUCAGCGUCGAAUGGAUCUCAAGGAAUUACUUUCUCAACUCAAUCUAAAGUUGGCACACUUCCUACAGAUGAAAGCACGGCUCUUAAACCUGCUCAAGGUGAGGUGUCAAUGCAGAAUGGUCCUCACACUGAGACAGGGAAGGAUGAAAAGGUGAAACGCAAACGAGUUUCUCGAUGGGAUGCUCCUGCCAAGGUAGAGAAGGGCACUUAUGAGCCUAUCGUUGCUGCAAGUGCUGCUGAUGUGCCAGUUGCUGAUUCAAGUCUUCCAAGUAGACAAACUUCUGUCCCUUCAGCACCUCAAACGCAAGCAGCAUCAGCACAGCCUCAGUUCCAAGGAUCAAGCAGAGAGAUUAGUAAGAAACAAAGACAGUUUGGGCCAAAUCAUGAAAAUGUUAAUAGAGGUGUACCAUAUCGAUACGAAGCUCCUGUUGGUAAGCAGGGCUCUGAGGAGAUGUUAGGUACAUCUUCAGGUCAGCCCACUAACAUACCACCGCAGCAUGCUUGGCAAUCUACUUAUCCUGGGGCACCACCAAGUUGGCCCUCAACGUCCACUUCUGGUGGCCAAGAUCCUGCGAGGUUGCCGUUCGGUGUUACAUCUGGUCAACCACAACUGCACCCAGGCUGUACUCCCGGUGUUCCACAACGAAGACCUGAGCCAGGAUAUGGAAUCCCUGCACAACCUCAUGCUCCUGGUCCUUUGUCUGUUCCACCUGCCAUGCAGAUGAAUGGUCCUUUGAUGAUCCCCACUGGACCAGUACCUCUCCAUCUAGGCCCCCAACAAGUUCCUCUCACGAAUCCAGGACCACCACACGGAGGUGUUCCUUUACCAGGUACGACCUAUCCUGGCUGCCCGCCAGCACACAUGGGCUUGGGAGGACCUCCUCACCAGCUUCUACAUGGGAUGACCCCAAACAUGCCAAAUGGUUACCCGCAAGGUGUCCAUUAUGGACCAUGGGGUCCAGCUCCUGUUAUGCCACAUUUUGCAGGUCCACCAGCUUUCCCAAUGGAUGAAAGCCGAAGGUUUUUGCCACAAGCUACAUGGCUUCCCAACUCAAGUAUAUAUAAUGAGGAUGUAUCAUCUCAAAGGACGUCAGUUAGUGGGGAAAUUUUGCCUUCAAAUGGAGACUUGCCACCCAAUGGUGUUCAAUCUGCAGGAGACGUGGAGCCUGAACCUCCUGUACCAGGUCUCUCUCCCCCGACGACCUCAAGUACUCAUGAUCUUGCCACAUCAACAAACCCUUGCCCGAGAGAGCUAUGUCAAGAACAGAAGAUGCCACCUGAGUUUUUAGAUCCUAGAAGAUGUGGUGAAAGUUUUAUCGCAAACGAAGUCCCGGAUACAAGACGAGACAGGGAUCAUGGUCCGGAGUAUUACAGAGCCGGAAUUUCUGACAUGGGAUGUGGGUUUCAAGAGGAACACUGGGACGAUCCAGAGUCUCAGAGUUUCAGGGAUCAUGUCUUUUUCUUGGUAAAGAGUCGGGUUCGAAGACAUAAGUUAAAAACCAGAGACAUAGAUAAAUUUUGCACCAAACUGGCGGAUGUUAUUGUAAGGAAAGAGGUGGCAAAAUGCCUUGAGCACAGAAAUCAGGGAAGCGAGAAAAUCAUAGUGAGAAGCAAGCUUGCGGAGAAGGUGGAGUCUUACGUCGACAAUCAAGUGGAGCAAUUUUCACGAAAAUGUGACAGAAGCUACAAAAGUGGAGACACUGCUAGGUAGAUUAGGGGACGAUCUAGCAGGAAUUUGCGAGAUCGUUAACCACUCAUUUAUUUGUUUGUAGGACAAUUGAAAAAUUUCUCCGAUAAUCAGUUGCCCAAGAUGGGAAGGUCGUGUUUCUUCUUUGGAACUCUUCACUUCUAAAGCCAUGCAUAGGGGCAACGCACAAAUUUGACUUGGUACUGCUGCCAUUUUCUUGUCCACUAUCUGAAACAGAGAUGCUGUUGAGAAAUACAGUUCAUCUGAGGCUCUUUCAAUCUCGUAUUGCAGUCAUGUACCCGAUCCUCUAUGAACCCAGCUCUCAUUUACCCCUGCAAUGAGUCUAACAAUUUUGGUGUUGAUGAUCCAGGAUCAUCAUACCUCCAGUGCGAUCAACCUCUGAACCCAACCUCGAAAUUCUGCUAGAAGUGCUUUACUGUCGAAGAGGUUUAAUGUGGUAAACCACCAGGUUUUCCUAGCACAUUGUUUACCGCACGACCUUCAGGAUCCCCAUCAAGGUUCGAUGUCCUGCUUGAUUAAUCUCAGUUAUUGUGAGCCUCGCAAGUUACCUCGAUAACUUCCGGGUUCCUGGUCAAUCCGUGUAAAAAAUGCAUGUAGCUUCACCCUGGGUAUGGUAAACAAAUUACCGGAGACCCUUUUUGUGCAAUAUCUUAUCCCUUAAGCAUAAGGAGAGAUUUGGAGGUAAAUUCGAUCACGCCUGAGGCUAGACUUUUCUCGAAAACCUCUGACAGUUAUUUGUCAGUUUGACGGGGAUUGUCGGCGUCCAGCCCGAAUGCCAUGCUAGUCUUGCUGUUUUUGUUCAUCACAGUAGAUAGUCGUGUUAGUUUAGACAUUUCACAAUUCAUUGGACGAACCUCUUCCUUCAAUCUAAAGUCUUUUACUUCGCAUUCUACUGGAUUGAAACUAUGUUCCAGCGGGAUGGUGGACAGAUUAUGUUGUCUUAGGUUUGUGCUUCACUGCCUUUAGAAUCAGAGUGUGCACUGUAGUCAUGUCACUGUUCGAUUAAAUGGUACGAAUGUUGCGUAAAGGCGGAGCUGCUGGCGGCGAAGGCACCCAACCCAAGAAGUAAUAGGUUGCUUGGACGUCCACGUUAGGUAGUAUCUUAUUGCAAGUUAGAUUGUGCGGAGCAGUCAUGGGUCACUGUAGGCCACCACCAGUGAGUUUAUCGGCAUAAUUUCUGUACAGAACAUUGAGCAGUUCAUUUAGAUGGUCGAAAGAAAUCACCACGAACGCGAUUGCGUCAGAACUUUUCCAAGAUACGUUAAUGUGGAAGGGGUUUUGAUGGGAAGAAUGGUGUACAGUGUACUUACUUCUCGAAACAUGUAUCCUUUUAUGAUGGCACAAAAGACUACAGCUGCAGUUGUGUAUUUGAUUUCGUACUGUUGAUCGUGUACGCGGAAGGGUUAAUGUCGUGUUUUAAUCUCGACAUUUCGUGCAGGCUCAGAAAUACUCAGAAACUUCCGCUCACGCUUUUUAAUCAAAUCGAAAGGAGGGACCAAUAUAUUUCUAUGUCACUCCCCAAGCGGGGCCAUGAAUCAGUCUCCAACAUGUUCUAACUCUUGCUGUAAUUGGACAAGCACUGUUACGAUGUGAAUGUUGUAUCGACCAUCAGCUGGCGUGAUUGAACCUAAGAGUUGAUGAGAUUGUGAGGUUUUGCCUGCCGAAUGAGGUUUCUGAGCCCUGCAUGCAGACUUUGCGUCUCUAGAGUGCAGCAGGACUGCAGGGCAACACUUCCAUUGUCUCCAUCACCAAAGAGUAGAUCAGGCUUCAGACAAGGAUCUCGGAGAGUAAUCAGGGCCAAGCACCACGGGCUUACUCAACCGACGACUUUUAGACCGCCCUCUGUUGCUCCUUAUUGUUCCAUGUCAUGAAGGUUUUAACGCUCUUUGCAGAGGUCGAUGGCGAAGACAGACAACGGGAGACACCAAUAAGCGACUCUGAGACCUGCGUGACCGGAGAAUCAAAUUAAGCUUCGUCGUGUACAGUGAAUGCUCGUUUACAAUCUACUCGAGCCGCGCAGCCCAGCCACUGCGCAGUCAGACAAUUCAUGCCGCUUUUCUUCACACUAAGUUUAGAUGCGGCGAGAGAAGCGUGGAGCAUCACUCUACGGAGGCCAUCUUCUUGGUGCUUUGCUUUACCAGCCAGAUGACGAUGCGACUGUGGCAGUUUCAGCUUCACUCGAGUUGAAUUCUACAGCAAUCCACGAAGAGACAGCCGAGCAGCGACGUUACUCGGAGAGCCCCGAGAAUUGUCGCUCGGCUAUUCACAUCCCCUCUGUUACGAUGUCUUUCCAGCUGAAUCUUGGCCGCAUGUCACGUGUUGCUUUGUGGUCCGGGAUACUCCUCCCGUACAGUCAUUCGGAACUACGUACAGGAAUGUAAUACAGUAUCUGUAUCUGGUUGGAAGCUUUGACUUUCGCAGCUAUCCAGUAGAUUCGAACUGUGGCCAGUCUCUUCGCCCUGGAAUGUAGAGUUCUCACCAACAAAUUAUGCACAUCCAACAUCUGUCACCUUGUCCAUUCAACAAUCUGAACAAGAUAAACCGGACCUAUGAUUGUUGAGCAAAGCAACGGAAGGGGUGAAUGUGCUUCUCGUUGUAACUCGAGGAACCACAUCCCGCCUCCGUAGGGACCUUAGUAACUACUUGUCGGUUUUCACUGUCAGUAGCGCCGAGUGAACUUCUGCGAUUGCCAACGGAUUAUGGGCUAACUUUCGAUCACAUCUCAGCGUGUGCUAUGGAAUAUUCGAGUCUGUAGACCGAGGAUUGGCGCAAUUUGCUGCAAUUGUAAUAAUCAGAUAGCCUCUUUAUGAGGUCAUCUGGAACUGAGCACACAAGUUUCAGAGCAAUUCAUUUCUACUUUACAUGUGUGUCUCUUCUUUCCAAGAUGACUGAGCUGUCAUCAACAUACAACGGCUAGUACGACGGCUCGUAGUAAUAAGCCUUUAUAAUGUCGAAGAUGGAUAUUUUAUUCGAUGUGAUUCAUGGUAACAGAAAAGGCUUGGGAGGAGGCGGGGACCUGUAAUUUGUUGUUUGCGCGAGGGGGCCUCAACUUGUACUGUUUCAAGAUUCGUAAACUUUCUGGUCAAACCAUUACAUUAAAUGCACUUCUGUCACUCAUAUGGAUUCCAACCCAACGAGACUUGUUUUGAGUGAUUGCACGGAAGAAGUCAUAGACUGAGCUAACUGCAAGGUAGGUGCAGACUUUUCAUCAUGAGGUGACUAUUGAACUUCAUUUCAUCCUUGCGCCCCAGUCUAAAAGGUGACAUGUUUUCGGACUUUUCACAGUAAUAAGAACGGGUUCAUGUUUAUGGUCAUCUUUACCCUUUUACUCAGUAGUGUUGUCCGAGCUUCAAACUUCGAAGAUUCCCUUGUUGUACUUGUCGAUUCCUCCAGCAUUUACACGACCAAGAUAAGAGAGAAAACGAGGAAGAGGUAAUUGAUGAGCAUCAGAGUUAAGAGGCAUUUGUUGCAGUCGUUGUUCCUGAUUGUUUGCAAAUCACACCACUGUACCCAGUUCAUGUCUAACAGUUCUAAUUUGCGCAGAUGGCGUACUCCUGUACAAGAUCGUCUUGGAGAUGCGAGGAAGAUGAACAGUCUUGGUCUUCCUGGCAUCGGCGUCGAACAGCAAAAGAAUCCCAUUGCCUUUCCGCCAUGUUCCCUUCUGAUUCUCAAGAUCUGUCAAUGUGUACAUACAUACUCAGAUCUUACCUUUACUGAAGGGAACAAAUGGAGUAAGUUCCCUACAUCGAGAUGUGUAUUCUAGGCUGGAAAAAGGUUUGAAGUUGAUAAAUGAUGGUCCUAGACUAUGACUAGCUCUUAUGACUAGACGAGGAAGAUGGUAACAUGCUCCUCUUGCGAUUAUGAACAACCAUGACUGUUCAGAGAAGACUGGGCCUAGUUUUCUUCGAUUAAAUAAACGGAAACAGAGAUUAGAGGAAAUGUGAAUUCCGAAUUCGAUCCUUGUUUUGAGGCCCCUUCGUGGUCUGUGCCUUGAUCUUGAGAUGCUAUGCGAACACACA